CUGGAACUUGUCAGAAUAUCGAAGAGGAUCACCGAGAACACCGACGGUUGGGGGUACCAAUGUGAUACAGGUGAAUUUGCACAACAUAUUAAUGGAGAGACUGUGGUCUGAUCCUAUUCAAUUGCUAUCCAAGUGCAACAGUAGGUACCCGAUACUGGAGAGAACGAGCAGCAACUUGAAGGCAUUUUUGCUAAAGAGUUUUCUGUAUUUCACUCGAGCGUGUAAACGGCUGGAGAGCAUUGUUAUCCCGGGAGUAAUCCUCGUAGAAUACAUCCAAAGCCACUCACCCUCAUAGAUGCCAGCUAGAAAGGGCAGGCAGGCCUCUCAUCUUUCUGAUUUAUAUCCACUGUCAAAAUGAAUUAGCGCUUGUCUAACAGCUUGCUCCAUUC